AAAAGCUGCAGUGCUUCUGCAUACCAAUAGUCUUUGGAAAAUUCUUUCAACUGGUGCCGCCAUGAAAACCAAAACUCCGGAUAACCGUGGACAAACAACAUGAGCGGCUUGCUUGGAUCUCCAUUUUCAACAUAGUGGAAUUUGAUACCCUGCGUAAAUACAUGAGAAAAAACGGCAAUAUACGCGUGCGUCCAGCAAUUUAGCUCAAUUAAAUCAACAUUCUAUCACAACACAUAUUCACAUUCACAUAAGCAUCGGCUUACAUUAGCUGUGAUGUACUUGCUAACGCCAUAGUCAUGCUUCUGGAGGCACUGCGGUGGAUAUGGUCGUUUUUUGACCACCCAAAACUUGGCGUGCGGUUUGGUGAAAAAUUGAACCACUAUAAACAGCAGCACUUGGACUGUGUAGUACAGGCACAGCAGCUUGGUGAUAACAAUCUGCAGCGCGGCUUUCCAGCUGGUCAUGGCUGCGGUGCAGGUUUUGCGAUAACGAUGAUAAUGUUAGAAGUAGUAAUGAUAGCGACGACAACGACAACGCCAAAUUAAUACUGAACCGCGCUCGAACGAAAGCGAACUAUGACUGAGCAAAGAAGACGCGCUUGAACAUAUUAUUAGCAUGUGCAGUAGGCUAUGCCAUUUUUUUUAUUUUAUCGAUAUCAUUUAGGUUAACGUUCUGAUUGGGAUGGUGUUUGUUAACAAUGCGUGUGUAUCAGACAAGUUGGGGAACGAUGAUAUUUCACUUUAUUCAAUAGUUUUUAAGAAAAACAAGUUCGGCGAUCAUGAAUGUACUGCAAAACAUGGGCAGUAGGUGAUAAAUAUGUUUGAAGCGAUUUAAUCAGCUAACAGUUGAGUGGGGUUCAUGGGUAGAUUGUAGCUAUGAAGCUCUGUUUCUAUCAGUUUUAUAGAAAGCAGUGCUACUGGUAAUAAUUCUACCCGAUUUGCUGUUUAAAUCAUGAGUAGUUAGUAAUCCACAAAGUGAAUGUCAACGGAACUAGUAAUAGCGUAGUACUAGCUCUAGUAUCCCGAGUUUUUUCGCGAUACGAUAAUUCAUGAUAGUGGAUCACAAAAUUUCAAGAGCUAUACGUAGUGAAAACAUCAUUCAGCUAAAUUUUUCCAACCAUGCCCGAACAACAAAUCUCAGCCGAAGACAGACCGUCGUCCAGUUCAUCAUCCGAACCGUUACCUCAGGAGCAACGAUUAGUCGAGAACAACGACGAGCGGUCGAACAACGAAAAUGGACGCGAUAGUCACUUCGUGGCUAUCCGGAAUCUGAUGAACCGGAACCGAACCGGACACCGGAACGGCAUGCGACCACCCGUAGCUACUCUUCCCUUCGAACGAUCGUUCAUUCCUAUGCCUGCCCGGUACUAUCCGAUUGUGAUUCCUGCUGAGCCAACCAUCGAAGAUUUACUGCGCCAGGCAGCCGGAACCGCUGAACUAUACCGAGUAACGGAAAUCAAACUGAAAGUAAUCUCCCACAUGACCAGCCUACAGCGAAUUCCUUUCUUUAUACCAAACCUGCGGUCACUGACGUUAGAAGGUAGUAUUGUAACAACGCUGAGAGAUUUGGGCUGCGAUAUGACUUCGCUGGUCUACCUGAAUGUCAGCCGAUGCAGUCUGAAAAAUUUGGAUGGAACGAGUGGACUAGAAACACUGGAAGAGCUGGUCGUCGAUUACAACCAGAUCGAGGAAGUCGGUCCCUGUGCGAAUUUAACGAUGGUGAAAAAGAUUAGUUUAAAGGGCAAUCACAUCACCGAUCUCGGCAGCUGUACUUUUCUGGCCCUGUGCGAGAAUUUGGAGGUCCUUGACUUGCGUGAAAAUUUUGUUUCUGAACAUCCUUCGUUACGGUUGACUUUGAAGGAAAACAUUCCUCAGCUUCGCUGUUUGAAUGAAAUUCCAUUCUCGGAGACGGUUCAGGAGGAAAAUUGUGACCUCUCCAGUUCGGAAUAUCGUUCCAGUUCGUCUAGCAAUGGGCAACGAGAUCGCCGCGCACAACGGUGGGAAACCGACGGUAUUGGAGACGGAACGUGGAACGAGCUACCGAAUCGACCGGUGACCGGUACCCACCAUGAGCGAGCUGUCACCGUUGAGCUACUGGAUGAUAUGCGUCCCGCUACUGCUGAUGCAACUAAAAUAAAAAAUCAAUUAACAUCUGGAGAACCACUCUGCGGUAAUGUUGUAACAAAAGCACGUCGAGUAAAACGACAACGAACAGCGUGGGGGGAGUCAACGUCCUGCUCCAGUAUGAGCAGCUCAGACUCAUCUUACUCGAAGGAUUUUCCGGAUCGACUACCCCAAAAGCCAGUUGAUUUAGAGUUGGGUGUUAUCGGGGUGCAGGAUCAGGGGGAGCGAAUGGCAAACCAAGCAGAGGAUGACUCGCAAAGUUUGCUCCGAGAGUCCCGCUUGUGGCGCCAGCGAUCGCUUCAAACACGAGAAUCAAAUCGACAAUAUGAUCAAAUUAAUCGACAUGUCAGUGAAAGUUAAACCAAAAUCAAAGUUACUUGUUGAGAAUUAUAUAUUUGA